GACAAUCUACUAACCCUCCCACCGAGUCGACACCGCACAACCACCCAACAUGUCGACCACACAGAGCGUCCAGUGCUUUGGCAAGAAGAAGACCGCCACCGCUGUCGCCCACUGCAAGCAGGGCAAGGGUCUGAUCAAGGUCAACGGAAAGCCUCUCUCGCUCGUCGAGCCACAAAUUCUCCGCUUCAAGGUCUACGAGCCAGUUCUCAUCCUCGGCCUCGACAAAUUCGCCGAUGUCGACAUCCGCGUUCGCGUCCGUGGUGGUGGUCACACCUCGCAGGUCUACGCUAUCCGUCAGGCUAUCGCCAAGAGCAUCAUCGCCUACUACCAGAAGUACAUCGACGAGCACUCCAAGAACCAGCUGAAGCAGGCUCUCGUCGCCUACGACCGUACCCUCCUCGUUGCCGACAACAGACGAUGCGAGCCAAAGAAGUUCGGCGGUCCCGGUGCGCGUGCCAGAUACCAGAAGUCCUACAGAUAAACGGCAAAACGACAAAAGCGAUGGAGCUGGAGUGUGUUCUGGGUUGCAGCAUGGCUUUGGGCGCUUGUGGAGACGCAGCUACAUGGGCGCUGUGUUGCGCAAGUGGAUAGCAAUUGCGUCGGGCUCUAUGGUUUGAGCUAGGCAAAUCGAAGAUUCUCUCGUGC